CAAACGCGUCUGCGUCUGUCUUACAAACGCAUCAUUAAGUAAAGCCAGAAAGUAUAUAGAGUCUAGUUACAGAAAACAAGAAUAUUUAUGAAUUCCGAGCAUACUUGAAAUACUGGAUCUUUCAAUAGCACCUCUUUUGAAAACCAAGAAAUGCCUUAAUCAUGUCUACGGAUUUUACAUCUCAAACGAAGGAUCAUUUCAUACCAGUGCUCUUAAACGAAUGCAGUAUUGACUCUCCAUCAUUUCGUGCUAGCAUUUACUUCUUGGGCAACCAACUUCGAGCUUAUAGCCAAUGGUCUGAGGAGUUUUUGUGCUUGUGUCAAAAAUAUAUACAGGCAAUUGAAUCUAUGGAGCCAAUCGUUGCGAGCAUUUCCUUCCAGACAAUGCCUUCCAUCAUUUCUUGCGGAUUUUUUGAUCCUGAUUAUGCCACCACUGCCCUCUUGCACGGUCAGGAAUUAUUUCGCUCUUCCUUUUUAGUCCAAUUGGAACAAGCAAAAAAUAUACGCAAGUAUAUUAUCAACCCUAUGGAGUUGUUUCAUGAAUCUAGAUUGCGGCCUUUGCUUCAACUUGAUGAGCGCUAUCGCACCGAACAAGAGCAUUAUGAUGCUGAGAUUCUGAGGUAUGCUUCUUUGGGUCAAUUAAAGGAUCUCGCUCAAAUGCGUGAUGAAGCAAAAUCUCUUUACGAUGCUCGCAGCACAUAUUUUACUAUUGCUUUGCAAUACGUUGUACAAGUUGGCUCCUUCCACUCUUACAUGGACUCCAUUGCUUUAGAAAGUAUUAGUCGAUUCUCCAUCGAAACCUUUCGGCUUAGCAGUCGACUUCAUGAAUCGAACAUAAGCAUCAAUAAUCAGAUUGUACGCCUUUUGGCUUAUGGAAACAAGCUUAAGGAGUCCUAUCCCUCUCUUAAAAAAAUUAUCACGAACGUUUCCAAUCGAGUUGAAAAAGAAAUCUUAAAGCGUAUACAACCUCCUUCAAAUCUUGACGAAUACCGUAUUGGUACUCAGAAAGCUUCCAAUACGAUGGCUAGAAAGCGACAAGGUUGGCUUCUUCGAAACGUGAGUUCCACCAAACCCGACAAUAAAGCAAUUUGGAGAAAAUUGUGGUUCUUCAUUGAUAACGGCUAUUUUGGGUAUCUCACUGAUAAUGCGAACGGCGGUGUUUUUGAAAGUGAACGAAUCGGUGUCUUGCUUUGUAAGUUCAGCCUAUUGCCCAACAGUAAUCGAAGGUUUUGCUUUCAAAUAAAAACGAAAUCUUCUCUGUACAUUUUGCAAGCAGAAAAUCAAAAUGAUAUGCUAGAUUGGGGAAGCGUGCUUCAUAAUUCUCGUAUAUACUGCCUGAAUCAGAAAGUCCCUGCGGAUUUAGUUUUAUCUCCGACACUUCCUUCCUUUUCUGCAAGAUCAGUCGCUCCUACCGCUGGCCGUCGUCGUAAUCAGUCUAUUCCAAAAAAUGGUAAAUCUGCACGCACCCACACCCAUUCUGAAAAGCUUCUCUGUGGGCAAAGUAAUUAUGAGGUCUCAACAAUCAUGCGCUCAAAGAGUUUACCAAGUGUGCCUUCCCCACGGGACGUACUUCGCUCUACGGGUUCCCAUAACCGGCCAGAUCUCCUUGCCCCUUGGAGUAUAGUAGCUGCUCCAAUAAUAACAAGUCUUACCUCUGACACAAUUACUAGUUUCUUAGAUCACGAAGCAUUUUUUACUGGUAACUCACCGUCUGCACUUAUGGCUAACUUUUGGGGAUCAGUGAAUUAUGGUCAUGUUCUAGAACAACAAAACUUGAGUUUAAAAUCAGAUUUUGGGCUUUCUUACCAAAAAAUUUCAAGAGAGAUGGACUUGGAGUCUUUCCCAGCUGAGCUCAAAUUGAGAAAUGCAGAGUUUAAAGGAAUUUUUGGCGAGUUGGGGACUUCGGCAGUUUUGUUUGUAAGUCGCGUUGUGAGUAAGCGUGAAGGUCAGAUCAGGAUGCCUGGAAGAAUGUACUGCACUAUGCGUGGUGUUUUCAUUUAUUAUACAAUAUGUGGAUUGGUACUAAUAGAACAUAUUCCCAUCUCUAAAAUCUCAAAUAUAAAGUAUUUCACAAGUAGUAAAUGUGAUUACUUCUACUUGAGUGUAGAGAAAUUCGGUACACUCAGAUUUCGGCUAUACCUUGAUUCUUCAAAAAUAUUGCAUGACCGUUUAAAUAUUCUAAUUUACAAUUACGUUGCUGAUAAUCCUAUGAACAGCGUUCAACUACUGUCUCGAAUCCGCGAAGUCCAGAAACAAUAUACGUUUCAAAAACCGAGAACAGAUCAAUCUACCAUACCAGAUUUUGACGCUGUCGCUCGGCCACAAACUCAUUUUCGUGGACGAAGUAAAACACUCUCAGCACCAACAGGGAAUGUUUAUGUAGAAGAUGAGCAUGUAACUGAGCAAAUGAGAAGACUUAAUAUCGCCAGGCUUCCAAAAGAGACUGUUCAAGUAGCCCGAUCCGACCAUAUGGAUGAUAUAAUUCUUGACAAUAUUUACGAUGUUUCUUCCAAAGCUUUGUUUCAUAUUGUCUUUGGCGAUAAAAGUAAUUUCCUUCUAAGGUUGUAUAGGCUUCAUGGUAUUGAGGAUAUUGAACUUCUCCCAUGGAUACAGGACGAAGAGACAGGGAAAAAUUAUCGUUACAUAAAUUAUAAACUUCACUAUCGUGACUCGAAGGGUGUAUUUCAUUCACAGCAUUAUCAAGAUCGUCAAGUUCAGGAUAAGCGUAAUGAGUACAAUGUGUAUAUAUUAUCAUGGUACCAUCAACCUUGGGCUAUUCCCUACAAGGAUUGUUUCAGGCUGGUCCUAAAGACGUCCAUUUCUCAUUUAAAGAAAAAUAAAUGCAGACUUCUUCUUUCUAUAGGCAUUGAAUGGAUAAAAAAGCCUUUCGCUGUUUCUAAAGUUCUAGAAGCAGUAGCUCGAGAAGUCGCGCUCAAAUACAUGGAAUUAGAAGUGGGCUACCUCGAAAAGGCUGUUUUGGCUACUAAAAACCUUCCUAUUCUAGGUGUUGUCAAUCAAUAUGGUAAGGUUGGAGACUACUACGAGUCUGUCGUUUUUCAAAGAAAGCUGCCAUAUAUUUCGGAACUGAGAAGCCCUUCUAUGCUUAAGUUAAUACGUGACCAUAUAUGGUUAUUUUUGGGUGGACUUGCUAUGGACCUCUCUUUUCUACCCUGGUCUAUAUUGAGCAGCUUCUUGCGUUACACAUUUUCACAUUCGUUUGUAAUGGCUCUAUUGGCUCUCUCACUAAUUGUAAACAUUUUAUUAACAUUUAAUUUUGGGGAAAACUUUUGGACAGAACGGCAGGAUCAACAAUUCCUAAGUCGGGUAUUCGACGAUUUCAAACAACUGGAGACGUCUGCUCGCUAUGUCUAUAUGAAAGAUGUGGACGAUUUGUUGGUUGGUAUUCCUACUUAUACGCAUCCGAAUUUGACAGAAAAUGGAGAAUGUUUACGGUCGUUUAUUAAUUACUCUUCGCAAGCUAAAAAUCAUUGGUUGGAAAAAAGAAACCAUAUUGCAGAAAAAAGGAAAUUUGUUUUGAUGAAGCUAGCAUCCUUAAAUUAUUUUGAAUACCUAGUACACCAGGAUGCAAUAUAUCAACACAUUCAACAGGAACUAAAGACAUGCCAAAAAGCCAAGGUGUUAGGAUUAUAUCCGUUGCAGAUUGAAAAGUAUUGUUCAUCUUGCGAAGAAGAAUGGCAAAAUCGCACUAGUUUUUUUGGUGAAAAUAAUCUUGCUACGAGACUCAUCAGUUUAGAUACUCAAGCAUUUUCAAAAGAACCACAAAAAAUAUAUAUGGACUAAGUACAAUUGACUAACGAAUUACAGAAAAGAUUUCAUUACGUUUUUAUUUAUAAUCUAUAAUUUCUAC